AUGUCACUGAGCAUGCAGGGUUCCGGAAGAGAGUGCUGGGAAAACUCUCCACAUACGGACGUGCGCGAUCGUUGCUCGCGCGAGCAGCAUCCCACUACAAGGUCCGUCGAGAGAGACGCUGAACGCUCCUCCGACAGGCGCGAGCCCCGUCCCGUCGACCACGAUGAGGGCAUGAUCGACUCCGAAGCGGGCCCCUUGGCAGAUAGCGAGUUCGGUCACCUCGACACCACCGGCUGGUACCCGCACUAUACGGAAUGCGUGCACUACUUCGUCGAAAUCGGCCAGCACAAUCCCACCGUGCAAUCCCUCGCCGCCUUCAUCAAUAUCCGCCUACCCGCCCAGCGCCCGGAAGCCCCGACCACGAACAUGUCCCCGGUUAACGCGCAGUCCGCCCCAUUUAUCUCGCUGCGCCCCUAUGUGCGCCGACUGAUCAUUACCGCGCAAGAUUCCCCGUCGACGAUGCAGGCCUUUUUUGGCACCGACUGGCCGGCCGGCGUCGGGUGCAUCCACAAGCAGGAGCGCGCCAACUACCUCUUCACCGCGAAGAGCAGCGGCUGGGCCAAAACUAAAGCGGCUUACGACCUCCUCCCAGACGAACAAGCCCCGUUCCUGCGCCCGCUGCGCGAUCCCUCCGAGGAGGAAAUCCGGACUGCCGAGGCGCGCUGGAGCGAGUGGCUUGCAAUGGAGGAUUGGAUGGUCGGCGCGCGGAGUCCCUGGUAG